CCACCUCCAGGCGGCCCUCCCGGAUAUCUCCUCUCUUUCGCUCUGAUGCUAGAUAAAUAGUGGUGAGCAGUGAGCUGGAGCAUCCCAAGCACGUGGAGGACAACUCUUCUGAGGGCUGCAGACUGAGAGAAGCUGGAGCUCCAAGUUGAUCUGAAGAGCCUGCUCGGCCACUCCCUCACCUCCUUCAAACCAGCUGAGUUCAGCCAAGUGUCUCCAGUCCCUACUAGCCUGGUUAUCUGUAACCCUCAGGCACCAUGGUUCAUUUCUUGUCAUCAGAGGUCCGGCAGCUGCUGCACAACAAGUUUGUGGUUGUCCUGGGAGACUCUAUCCAGAGGGCUGUGUACAAGGACCUGGUACUUCUGUUGCAGAAAGACUCCCUACUAACAGAAGCCCAGCUCAAGGCCAAGGGGGAGCUGAGCUUUGAGCAGGACCGCCUGCUGGCAGGGGGACAGCUAGGUGAGCUACACAAUGGGACUCAUUAUCGGGAGGUCCGCCAAUUUCUGUCUAGUUCAGGACACCACCUCCUACGAUUCUAUUUUCUCACCCGAGUCUACUCAGCUUAUGUGGAAGAUGUCCUAGCUGAGUUAGAGCAUGGACCACCUCCUGACCUGGUCAUCAUAAACUCCUGCCUCUGGGACCUCUCCAGGUAUGGUGGUGAUGCCAUUAGAAGUUACCAGGAAAACUUGGAAUGUUUAUUCGAAAGGAUGGAACAAGUGCUGCCCGCCUCCUGCCUUCUGGUAUGGACCCUGGCUAUGCCACUGGGUGAGCGCAUUACAGGAGGCUUUCUGCUGCCCGAGCUCCAGCCAGCAACGGGCUCUCUACGUGCAGAUGUGUUGGAAGCAAACUUCUACUGCUCAAUGCUGGCAGAUGAGCACCGCUUCGAUGUGCUCGACCUGCAUUUCCACUUCCGACAUGCAGUUCAGCAUCGGCGUUUGGAUGGCAUCCAUUGGGACCAACAUGCCCACCGCCACCUCUCACAGCUAUUGCUGGCCCAUGUGGCUGAAGCCUGGGGGGUGGAGGCUCCCCGACGGGGCCCCCCUCUUAGGAAGUGGAGUCAGGAGCAGUCAUCCCUAGAAUAUCAAGGCCAAAGGUCCAAGGGGCCUUCAUCCUGGAGGCAUCCAGGCCAGCCAUCUGAGGGGCCUUUGGCACCCUGGAGACAUCUAGCCCAGGCAGCUGAGGAACCUUAUUUUAGGAAUCAGUCAUCAUUUGUACCCCUGGAAUGGUCCCCCUUAGAGCAGCCAGUACAAAGGACUGAGGAGUCUGCAUCCUGGAGAUGUUCAUCUCAGAGGACUAAGAGGUCUCAUUCCUUUGAUCCAGUAGGCCAAGAAACUGAUCGUCCUCCGACCCGGCCAGAUAGGAAGCUCCAGCCCCAGUUCCUGCCUCCAUCCCAACCUCCACCCCUACCCUUACCCCACCCUUCACCUCAAGUCCUGCCUCAAGACAGCUGCUUCUUCUCAGAUAAUCCUGUCCUGCCUGGCUAUUUCCCCCUCAACUAUAUGGCCUUCAGUGAUCCCUUACCUCCUCCUGCUAUGUUGGACUCCCCACCUGCUCCCCGGCCUCUUGCCCAAUCUCUUCCUCACUAUGGACUGCGCCACAAUGUGAUGAUGCCACGUUUCCAGCGCCAUGUGCCUAAUGGCCCCUAUAACCGACCAAGGGAAAGAGGCUUUGGUAGACAGUGGCCCAGACCUGGCCAAAAACAAUGAACAACCUCCUUCUUGCCCAAGGAUAUGACUGAACUAGCCAUGGGCAGAUUGCCCUUCCUAUGGACAUAGCCAGAUGGAUUGAUUUUCAUGAGUCUAUUUCCUGUUUUGUACCAGUAAAGAUGUUCCCUCCUACUGGGGCAAAAGAACUCAAAAAGAAAAAGAAAAAAAGAAAAGAAAAGAAUUAUUGGACUACCCUG